UCUCCCCGCUGUCGGUUUCUUUUUUGGACGUUAUGUUAUGGGCCUCGGAUAUUUUCUUCUCUCCCCUUAGACGGGCAUCAUGUAAGUAGUGUUUAACGUCAGAUACGGAUGGUUUUAUCAAUGUGGUUUAGUAGCGGGUUGUUUUUGUUAGGAUGGUUUGCUCUUCAUCCGUGCUGGUGCUGGUCAUUAUAUGGCUGUGGAAUUGAUAGGAAACGAAGAUUAGACUCGUUGGUCAUUUUACUGUUGCUGGUAUGCAUGUGGUUGAGUGUAAGAGUGCCUUGGUGGGGAGUGCUACGGUGUUGAUAAUUAGCAAUUGCAUGUAAUCGUGUGUCUGUCUCAAUAUUGCACUGACUGUGAGAAG